AUGCAACCAUCCAACGUGGUGAAAGUGAAGCUUGGAGCCACUCAGUUCGGUAACAGCAGCCAAAGUGAGCAAGUUUUAUCUCUGCUUCCUAGCUUCCUAGCUCUUCCUCCUGCCACCGGGCACAAUACCCCCAGCAAGUCAUCUUCCUCUCCAGUGCCUCCGAGCGGAGGGCGUAACUCAAUUCUACCUCGCCAUGUGCCGGCUGCCGGAUCUAGGCAUCCUAGUCCAUUCAUGAUUGAAUCCGAGGCUCUCGUUCACCCAUUCAGAACCUCCCAAACCCUCUUUUCCUACCUAUGUAGCUCACUUCAAGGCACAAAACUGAGUCUCGCUCGUUCUCGUGUAACGGUGAGAGAGAUUCGGCAAGACCUUCCGUCUCUCUCCACUCCAUGGAUGCCAUGUAUCUCACCCAAGUGCUUAGUUCUUCUCACCCAGCCCGCUCGUGAGAUAUCCGCACUACCCUUGCCAAACAAAACCGCGAGCUUCUCAGGAGCUCUGCUGUUACCCAAUCUAAGCUCCUUCGAGACAAACGGCGCAACCAGGCUAGCCCUACAGGAGAGUGCGAGAAAGGGAAACCCCGUUGCUCGGGUCAUUCUCCUCCCGACCAUUGACCAAUACCCAUCCCACGCGACGCCGGUCUCGUUCAUAAACAGCCCGUGUUCCCCUUCGUCUGCUUCACACCUGACAUUCCACCAUCUUAUCAAACCCAAUUCCUAA